AAAAAAAAAAAUCUGUAUGUAUCUCCCACGGAACGGAAGACGGAACCCCCACCACCCCACCACCAGCAGACCAGCUUUCCCCUUCCUUCCUUCCGCACCAAUCCAGCGGUAGGUUAGGUCCUCCAGCCUCGGUUUCCCCGGCGGCCACCCAAUCCAGAUCGCCGCCCGCCGCGCCGCGCCAUCAAGUCAGCUCAGACUAUGCAAUUUCUUCUAGCACUUGCGCCGUUGGAUGGAUGAUGUUUACGGGAGAAUAGAGGUCUUCCCACAGCACUUCACUCCCAACAAAGAGUCCACAAGUAAGAGCAACAUGGAUCCUUCACCAAGCCCGCGUAGGCGUUCUUGGACCCCGAAACGAGUCAAGGGACCCGCGUCGCUUCUGCAACUCUUGUCUAUUCCUCGUAUUAGGUGGUCUUCCAGCAACGAGGAUGAUGACAAGAUCGAAUUGACCAGAGCUCAAGUGGAAUCAUUACGAAGCGAAAUCGCCGAUGCCGAUGAAAGGGAGUCCCAGCUAAAAGCUCGGUUAGAGAAUAUUGACGAAGUCUUGAGAUAUGCACGCCUUUCUGGGUACCUCCAUAUUAGAAGUAGAUGGACUCAACUUCCUGGGGAGCCGCCUAUCAUAGACGAUGCCGAUGUGGAUGACUGGCUUCCCCGCUUUGUUGUCCUACAAGGACAGUGUUUAUACUACUAUCUGAAGUCUACAGACCUGAGCCCGCAGGAAUCGACGCUGCUGCGCGACGUGGUGGAGGUAGGGCAGCUCCCCAACUUUGUGCCGGAGGACGGGAAAACGAGAUACGCCUUCUUCAUACUGACCCGGCAGGGCCUGAGGUUCGAGUGCUCGAGCAGCUGCGAGAUACAGGUGGAUUCGUGGGUAAGGGCCGUAAGAAGCGACUGCAAACUGGCAGAAGCAGGCGCCGAGGCGAAGAGCAAGACGAGCGGGGGAUGGUGAUGCAUUAUAAUUGUGUGGAGGAAACAUGUAGUAGCUGUAAGCUAAACAGAAGGGGGCUUGCUUUAGUCUGUACUGUAGAGGCUGUAGGAGUAUAUGCAGAUGUAUGUAUAUAAAAUUUCAGAAGCGUGCAAGCAGCUGUAGGUGACAGGCUUGUUUGUGCAGUAUGAAUUAUGAUUAACAGGUUUGUUGGUUGAAUAAAGUUUCUAUUGAUGUUU